GAUGGAGAAAUCUCGCUCACAAACUGAAAGUAUCUCUUUUCUGAAGAGAAGAGAGAAGAAAAGAUUCACCUGCACUCAGUGUGGAAAGAGUUUGAUAUGUGAGAAGAGUAUUAAGAGACACAUGAUGAUACACACUGGAGAGAAACCGUUCACAUGUGAUCAGUGCGGGAAGCGUUUCAGACAAUCAGCACACCUUAAUAGACACAUGAUUAUCCACACUGGAGAGAAACUGCACGAAUGUGAUCAGUGCGGAAAGAGUUUUGCAUGCAGACAGAGUCUCAAGGUUCACAUGAAGAUUCACACUGGAGAAAAAACAUUCACUUGUGAUCAGUGCGGGAAGAGUUUUAAAAAAUCAUCACACCUUAAGGGCCACAUGAAUGUCCACACUGGAGAGAAACUGCACAAAUGUGUUCAAUGCGGCAAAACAUUUUCGUGGGCUUCAUCCCUGAAGAAUCACCUGAAAGUUCAUUCAAAUGAGAAACCACAUUCAUGUUCAUUAUGUGGAAAGAGUUUUUCACUGCUGAAAUGGUUAAAAGAGCAUCAGAAGAUACACACUGGUGUGAGAGAUCAUGUGUGCUUUGACUGUGGGAAGAGUUUUAUUAGAUCUCAACAUCUGAAACAGCACCGGAGGAUCCACACUGGAGAGAAACCUUACAAGUGUUCACAAUGCGACAAGAGAUUCAGUCAUUCAUCACAACUGAAAACACAUGAGAGGAUACACACUGGAGAGAAACCGUGUCAAUCACAAUAUGCAGAUCAUCUUCAGAUGAUCCACACCAAACGUGACACAAUAAUGCAUUGAGCAAUAAAAUCUCUUCUGUAUAAAUCAGUCCUAAUCAGCCGUAACAAACAGCAGGAAAAAGAAGCAUGAUCUUUGGUUUUCACUGUGAAAGACUUCAUCUUAAAGACCAGCAACAACUCAGCUCAAAGAUGUUGAUGCUUUUUACUGUUAAAUUUUCUAGAAGUUUUUUU